CGGGAAUGCAAGUCUAAGUAAGUAACUAUCGGUGUUUGUUCUUGGUUGUUUUUUCUUAGAUUCAAUUGGAAUGACUAAAAAAGCUGCUACUCCGAUGAGAAAUACAGGCUCUUAUGCUGAGAAUCGUUCAAAAAGAAUUAACGAUCCUAGGCGUUAUAAGGAAUAUGUUGAUUCGAAGAGUAAACAACAAGAAAAAUUGAAAAAUGUUUCUCAAAUGGAGAAACAAAAGAAGAGAAAGGCUGGUGACAAUGUUGUUAAUGUUAAGGACAAGAAAAUUGCUAAAGCCAAACGUAAUGUGGAUGAGGAUGAUGAUGAAGAGGUAUAUUUUUGUUGUAUUUUCUGUAUAUUUAGUUCUUUUUUUUUGUUCAGUUAUUACAGAUCUAUGAAUUAA